AUGGGAUGGACAACUCGAGGUACCGGUCGCAGCUACGACAGCCUGAGUGGCAACGCAGUUCUCAUUGGCCUAUUCAGCAAAAAAAUAAUCGCUUACAUAGCGGAGAACCGAAAAUGUAAGAAGUGCGAUGCGGGGCAUUCCCAACAGGACCAUGAUUGCAGAAAAAAUUGUGCUGGAACAGCCAAAGGGAUGGAGCCCAAGGCUGCGGUUGAAAUGACCGUGCGAAAUCCGAUUUUCAAAAAGAAUAAAAUACAAGUUGGAUUGAUUGUAGCUGACAAUGACAGUACUGCUAUUGCAGCAAUUCGAAAAUCGAGCAAUCACGAAGUCGUGAAACAAUGUGAUAAAAAUCACACCAGCAAGGGUGUUGUGAAUGAAUUGUACAGGCUGAAAGGAAAAUACAAGGAACUGACCGUGGACACCAUAACAUAUCUACAGCGCUGUUUUUCAUAUUGCAUAUCUCAAAAUCAAGGAAAUAUUCAGGAGAUGGCCCGAGCAAUACGGAAUAUCCCGUACCAUUGCUUCAAUCGACAUACCAACUGUGGGAAUUGGUGUACUUUUAAAGAACAUCCGGAGAUUUAUCGACACGCGAAUAUUAAUGACGGCUUCCACGAUGAGAGUUUGUUUGAAUCCUUGCGAAAUUUAUUUGACAUACUCGCAAGCAAAGCAAGUAGUUUCGCUGCUGGUGUUUCCAGCAAUGCGAAUGAAAGCUUUAAUGCGAUGCAUGUCAGUAAGGCGCCUAAGUCACGCGUGUAUGGCAUGUCACAAUCGGGUGAUAUGAGGCUGGCAUGUGCAGUCCUAAAAAAAAAUGUCGGGGAGGAAUAUGUCGUGAAGCUUACCGAGAAGCUAUCGUUGUCUCCUGGGAAAUACACUGAACAUUAUGCAAAUAAUGAAACCUCCAAGGCAAAAAGAAGGUAUCAGUCCGCUAUAACUCCGCAAUUUAAAAGACGUCGACUGUUUCUCAAAAAACAGAAAACUAUGUUACGGCACCAAACCGAAUCUUUAGAAGGAGUAACGUAUAAAAGGAACAUCGAUCUUUUCAAACCUCACAAUGCUCGAUCAGAUUCCUCCACGAUUGAUAAAGAAUCUUCUGAGGUUAUAAUCUUUUUUGACUUGGAAACGGGAGGUCUUGCUAAAACCGCAGACAUUCUUCAGAUAGCUGCAAUAUGCGGUAAUUCGUCUUUUUCCGUCUACAUACAACCAACACAGAAAAUUGAUCAACGGGCGAGUGCCAUUAACGGAUUGCGGAUUGUUAACGAGCAUCUCGAUUAUCGUGGGCAGAUAAUUCCAACAGUACCUUUAUCGUCAGGCAUGCAAGAAUUUUAUGCUUUUCUACAAAAGUUCGAAAGAAAAUGUGUUUUAACCGCACAUAAUUGUGAAUUUGAUUCCUCCAGAUUGUUAAUUGCUAUCGAAAAAACGAACAUGACAGAUGAAUUCGAAACAGUCGUGCAUGGGUUUUGCGAUACACUAGCAAUAACAAGAAGAAUGCCUGGAUCGAGUGCAAGAGGAAAUAAAUUAUCAGAAUUGGCAAAAUAUUAUAACAUCCAGUCGAAUGAUGCCCACAAUGCCGCUGCUGACGUUGCCAUGCUUGAAGCGGUUAUCAAAAAAUUGAAUGUUUCUGAUGAGAUAUUGAUCAAGUCUGCCGUAACGUGGAAAAAAGUUAUUGAAAAAAAAGAUUUUCUCAGACGAUUGCCAAAGGAGAUGAUGAGACUUGAUAAGAUAAAAGACUGUACAUCGUUGGGCACACGGAAAAAAAUGGUUGCAGCUGGAAUUACACUCGAGAUGAUUAAAUGCGCCUACGACGAAAAUAAAAUUUUCGGACUGAUCAAUCUCUUGGGCGAAGAUGAGAACGGGAUUUUGUGGGUCACGAAAUCGCGCAAAAUCGUUCAAAAAAUUUACGAUUUUCUAAGUCUUACUUAG